CCUUAAGUCAUAGCUAUAAAUAUGAACUUGGACCUCAAGUUCUUUUCCUCUCUCAAGUAACAAAAUACUAAUUCAAAAGCUUUAUAAAGUUUCUUUUCUCAUUCGGUUCUAAAGUUCCUAUUUUUCAAUGGAUUACGUGAGAACCCAAGUCGAAGCUGUUUUUGAUGAUUCUGAGCAAGAUGGAUCAACCAUCUCUGAAUCUGGAAGCUGCGAUUCUUCUUCUGAUCGAUCUUUUGCUGACGAGCUUGGGCUUAUGGAGUUGCUUGAAGGAGAUAAAGCUCAUGAUUUGAUCUAUCGUAAUUGUAAAUCUGGUCUUGGUGAUCAAUGUCAGAUUCUCUCUGUUCUUAGAAACGGAUUUAGGAACGUUGGAUCUCGUGCAAAGCUCAAGACUUUUCAGGUUUUUCAAGAGGCGGUGCAGAUGAAACACGGUGGAGACGGUGGAGCUAAGGUGAAAUACGGUUGGUGCUCUGUUUCGAAACAUGAGCUUAAAACGAUUUUUGAGUAUGGGUUUAGCGAGCCGCUGAGGAAUGAUGGAUCUUUUGGCCGUGGAUUGUAUCUCUCGCCGGAUAAUUCUCCUCUUGAUUGUUUGAAGGAUUCAGCUUCAGAAUCAGAAGAUGGGAUGAGAUUCUUGUUGCUUUGUAGAGUUCUACUUGGAAAAUCAGAGAUUGUUCCUCAAGGCUCGACUAGAUCAUGUCCAAGUUCACCAGAGUUUGAUUCUGGUGUGGAUGAUUUAGUUUCUACGAAGAAGUAUAUUGUGUGGAGUACACACAUGAACACUCAUGUUUUGCCUGAGUUUCUUGUUUGCAUCAAAGCUCCAUUUAACCUAACUCGAAGUCCAAAGAGAUUGAGAUCACCAUGGAUGGCAUUUCCUGUAUUGAUCAAAGCAUUGUCCAAGUUUCUACCUCCUUCUCAAAUACUUGUCAUUCAGAAACAUUACAAAGAUCAACAAAAUAGGAGAAUUACACGGAGCGAACUAAUCCAACGAGUCAGAAGCAUAACCGGAGACAAGUUACUAGUUCACAUCAUCAAAGCUUGUGGACAUAAAGUACAACACUAAAUCUCCAUUGCAGAUCACUUUGGCGUUUUUGUUUCAAGGACACAAUCACCAUGGUUGUAUUUGUCUGUUUACCAACUCCAAAAUGAUCAGGACUGGUAGAGUCCCUUUCUAUUGUUUUCCCAUGAUAGUGAUGAAAAAAAACUGUUCAUUAGAUUAUUUAAGAUCGAUUAGAUUAGGGUCUUAGCAACAUUAUUAAUGAAGAGAACAUUAACAAGUUAUCAUCUUGUUUUUCUUUUCACUCUUCUUCUUUCAAAAACAUUUGUAUUAUUGUCUGGCUUUGAGCUGAAGAAAAUUUCUGGUGGACUGAGUUUUACAAUAGUUCUCUCUCUGUCUUAAUCCCUCUACCCCUUGACUAAGUCAACGUCGUUGAAAACUUCAUGUUUCAAGCUCUUAUUCCCUCACACGGAAACUACUCGUAGAGAUAAAACUACAAAACUCAUAUUUAUUUGAUGCAACAGCACACUAAGAUCUUAGUUUAUUAAUUAUUAGUGGACACACCACUUCUAAGUAGAUGGAGGAAGUUCCCAACCUUGUGGAACCGGACCAUAAUCGUAGAUGACUUCUCUGUGGCAUGACCAAACCAGCUUUAUAGCCUCUGGUGUCCCUAUCCCGGCCCCUCUCGGGUCCCCCGCAGGUCCAAACC